CUUCGCCUCUGAUAUCUAGCUGAGCGUGAACAGGGGCGCUUCCAACACCUAGCAGGGCGCUUUUGAUAUGCAUCUUUCCAGCGCUUGUGAACAUCCGUCUUUGAUUGACACUGCCAGACGAGGAUUUUGUUCAUGAAGCUGUUUAGACGGGAUUAUUGGAUUGUCGUUGAGCACUGACGGAAGGAAUGGUGCAGCUGGGGAAGUGUUUACGAGUCAAAGGAGUUGGCAACGGCGUAACCAGUAUUGAUGGCUGUCAGGCGUUCUCCCCCAGGCCCAAGAAACCCGAAAAGUGUGCGGCCUGCGGCUGCCAUGCCUCCUUUCACCAACGCCUCGACGGGUCAGGCGCAUACACUAGUGCAGAUGCAGGGGCCGGUGUGCCUGGACCGGUAGCUGCCAGCAGCCAACCCCCUGAGUUGGCCAUACUUCCAAAGCGAGGGCAGGUCUCCGCAAGGGGAGUCGCUCGCGGUGGCGCACGGAAACAAAGGAGCGCUCGGGUGCCGAAGACAGGGGGCGUGAGAGCAGAGAAGGCAGGGGCGGAAGUGGAGAAAGCAGGCGGGGGGGAUGCGGAGAAGCCUGCAGCUGCGAACCGACCAAAGCGGGGACCUGGGUCGAGGGGGGGUAAGGUAGUGGUUCGAGGUGCCGGAAGAGGCCGGAAGUCUAAACAGCUCGUGAAGGCGGAUGGAGGAGCUUCCGGAGGGAAGUCCGCCGAAAGCGUCGUUGUUGAAGAGUUUCGGAGAGGGUCUAAGAUUGGCGAACAACUGCUCCGGAAGGUAACUUCUGUUAAGGGGCCCGCUUCGAAGAAGAUGGAAGGAGAUGCGUACAUGGGCCCUGGAUCCAGGAUGUUGACGAUUUCCCGGAAGGCUGCACGGCUGGGGCUGACGGUGGACCACGUGGCCCCCAAGGUCGGGAAGGGCGAGGUCGACGAGUUCACAAUAACCGAAGCGGCGGCAAAGCUGGGGAUGAAUCUCGAUGUCAGGAUCCCGGGCGAAGAGAAUGCGACGUCGCUGCAGAGAGCCAGGACGAUCGCCGCAAAAGCAAAGGGGCUUGGGUUGGUUUUGCCGGAGAAACCGACUGAGGAAGGCGGAGUCGGGACUGCUGUGCCUGGGUUCGCAAAGGCAAGUGCGGCUAUGUCUGGAAGUAUCGUGGUCGGGACGGGCAUUGUAGAUCUGACAGCUGAGGGGGAGGCGCAGGGGGCAGGGACGAAGAGGAGAGCGGCUGAGGAGAUUGCAGGGGAUGAGAAGAAGGCUCGGCCAAACUUUGGGGGGCGAGUAGAGGCUUGGAUGAAGGCUGCGUUGCAGAAGUCGUGGGAGCAGGAGGGGGGUAGUGCACAGCAGAGCGGGGAGGAGGGGGAAGCGGGGUCUUCUGCGGACUCGAUGGAUGCCCUAGGUCAGGAAGGCAUGGGGCGUGGAGAUGCGGACUUGGGGGUGGGGCUAAGCGGCCUGGUAGUCGGGCAGGUGGGGGUACGAACUGCGGGCAAGGCGGGUGCGGCCGUGACGGAACCCAAGAAGUUUGGGGACGGAAUCCUCUUUGCGCGCAAGACCCUGGCCGACCUUCUAAGCGAGAAGGCAUGGCUGGAGAAGGACUUGGCGUUCCAGGAAGUGGACUUUCAAAACAAGCACCUGUUCUUCCUGCGCUCGAAGCUGACUGCCAAAGGCGUCAUUGACAUGUACGACGCGCGGUUGUCGACCAGGAUAGUGGUGGCGUAUCUGGGCGGGCAUGAAAAGGAUCUGGCGGCAGUCAAGCAGCCGGUGGGCACGGUGCGUGUUGUUACGCAGAGGCCUUUCCCUUGCGAAAAGAAGCCUCUUGUGGCCGAGUGGAUUGAGAGCAAAAACGGGUCCAACGUCGCGGAGGUUAGUCAUCUGCUUGCACUUCAAGAGUAUCGAAACGGGUCAGUGUCAGUCCCGUUGUUGGCUUACGCAUACAUGCGCAUAUUGAAACCGGCAGAUGUCAAGUACGUUGUCAUAGUGACCCAGCAAAAGUUGGUGGAGCGGUAUCUCAUGAAGCACUUCCUGUUUCUAGGCUUUGAGUUCAUCGAGCAGACAGGGAACGGAGAGUGUGUGCUGGCACUAGAUCUGGAGAAGGCGGUGGGGUUGCUGUAUGGGCCAUGGAGGUUUACCUGACUUGUACAGUAGGAGGCUCCUAGAAGGUUCCUCCACAUUGGAUAAGGAGAGAGACAAUUUUUGAGUCACAGUCAAAAGACAUUGAAACUUCAUCGAAUAGAUGUCAACGACGGUUGUUGCUGUUUCGAGCUUUAGCUAUUCAUAUGUAACCGGUCGCGAAGAUUUUCUGGUCUGCCGUUUACAAUGGUGCCAUGCUCAGGAUGGAGU